CCUCCCCCUCCCCCUCCCCCCACAUACCAUCCUGACUGCAAUCAUAUCCUCCCGACUGCAAUCAUGGGUGUUGAAUCAACCUCCUUACAGGAGCGCCUUGAGCGAUGGGCUCAACGACUACAAAACCUGACUGUCUCUCCCCUCACAAGAGACUAUCCCGACAAUCACAAGCAGGAGCUUCCCAAGAGAGCAAUUGAAGCCUUUGAAUCGCUGAAGCUCCCUCAAGGCUCUCAAUCCGCUCUCGAGAAGAUCUCGGGAUCCUCUUCGAGCUUCACUGUUUUUCUAACUGCUUUUGUUGUGCUCGUUGCUCGUUUGACCGGUGACGAGGACAUCGCCAUCGGUACCAGUUCCAAUGACGAUGGUCGUCCUUUCGUUCUUAGAGUUCCAAUUGAGGCCUCAGAAACCUUCCUCCAGCUCUACGCUAAGGUUAAGAAGGCCUUUGAAGAAGGAGCUUCCGAAACCGUACCUUUGGGCACCUUGAAGAACUACAUCCAAGAGAAGUCUGGCGCUGAGCGCUCCCCGAUCCUCUUCCGCUUUGCUGCCUAUGACGCCCCUGCUGCCUCCCAAGACUAUCCCGCCAACACAUUUGAGACCACUGAUCUGGUGGUCAACAUUGCUCCGGCCGCCGCAUCGGACGGCUCAACAGCUCAAGCGGAGCUGGGUGCAUACUACAACCAAAGACUAUUCUCGAGUGCGAGAAUCUCGAUCAUACUGAAGCAGCUCGCCAAGAUUGUGGAGAAUGCGACGAGCAACCCAGAACAGGCCAUUGGUCGGAUCGAUUUCAUGACGGAGGACCAACAGGCAUUGCUUCCUGAUCCCACCUCGGACUUGCACUGGUCCAAGUUCCGUGGUGCCAUCCACGAGAUUUUCGCCGCCAAUGCGGAGAAGCAUCCUGAUAAGCUCUGCGUUGUCGAGACCAAGUCCGAGCGCUCUCCCCAUAGGGAAUUCACGUACAGACAAAUCAACGAGGCGUCUAACAUUCUGGGGCACCACUUGGUUCAAGCAGGUGUUGAACGGGGCGAGGUUGUCAUGGUCUAUGCUUACCGUGGUGUCGACCUGGUUGUUGCCGUGAUGGGUAUCCUGAAGGCCGGUGCAACUUUCUCCGUCAUCGAUCCAGCAUAUCCUCCGGCAAGACAGUGCAUUUACCUGGAUGUCGCCCGCCCUCGCGCAUUGAUUAACAUCGAAAAGGCUACCAAGGAUGCCGGUGAGUUGACCGAUGAAGUCCGCUCCUUCAUUGACAAGAACCUACAGCUUCGUACUGAGGUUCCCGCGCUUGCCCUCCGCGACGACGGGACCCUUGAAGGUGGUCUGGUCAACGGACAGGACGUGCUGGCCAACCAGGUGUCAUUGAAGGCUCAGUCUGUCGGUGUCGUGGUCGGUCCUGAUUCUACCCCCACCUUGUCGUUCACCUCCGGCUCCGAGGGCAGGCCCAAGGGUGUCAGAGGCCGUCAUUUCUCUCUGGCAUACUACUUUCCGUGGAUGUCGGAGACGUUCAAGCUCAAUCCCGACGAUCGUUUCACAAUGCUUAGCGGCAUUGCUCACGAUCCGAUCCAGAGAGACAUCUUCACCCCCCUAUUCUUGGGUGCGCAACUUCUUGUUCCUGCGCGUGAGGAUAUCCAGAACGAGAAGCUCGCCGAAUGGAUGCGCGAGUAUGGCGCGACUGUCACCCACCUUACACCAGCUAUGGGUCAAAUUCUCGUUGGCGGUGCCUCAGCUCAGUUUCCCAAGUUGCACCAUGCUUUCUUCGUGGGUGAUAUCUUGAUUAAGAGAGAUUGCCGCUCUCUCCAAGGGCUGGCUCCUAACGUGAAUAUUGUCAACAUGUAUGGUACAACUGAGACGCAACGUGCCGUCAGCUACUUCGGAAUUCCCAGCUACUCAAGCGACGAAGGUUACCUGGACACCAUGAAGGAUGUCAUUCCUGCUGGACGGGGUAUGGUCGAUGUCCAGAUGCUGGUUGUCAACCGCUUCGAGCCCAAUCGCAUCUGUGCUAUUGGUGAAGUGGGUGAGAUUUACGUCCGCGCUGGUGGUCUUGCUGAGGGCUAUCUUGGUUCUCCCGAAUUGAACGAAAAGAAGUUCUUGACCAAUUGGUUCGUUGACCCUCAGACCUGGACAGAGAAGGACAAGGCCGAAGCGCAGGGCGAACCUUGGCGGCAGUUCUACGUUGGCCCUAGAGAUCGGCUGUAUCGCAGUGGCGAUCUUGGUCGAUACACUCCUACCGGUGAUGUUGAAUGCUCCGGACGUGCGGACGAUCAGGUGAAGAUCCGCGGCUUCCGUAUCGAAUUGGGCGAAAUUGACACUCAUCUGUCUCGUCACCCGUUGGUUAGAGAGAAUGUCACCCUGGUCCGUCGUGACAAAUUUGAGGAGCCUACUCUGGUCAGCUAUUUCGUGCCAGACAUGAGCAAGUGGGCUUCGUGGCUGCAGCAGAAGGGUCUUGAGGACGAUGACUCCGCCGAAGGCAUGGUUGGCAUGCUCCGACGGUUCCGCCCUCUUCGUGACGACAUUCGAGAGCACCUACGCGGCAAGCUUGCCAGCUACGCUGUGCCGACUGUCUUCAUUCCCCUCAAGCGCAUGCCGCUGAACCCUAACGGCAAGAUCGACAAGCCUGCGCUGCCUUUCCCUGAUACUGCAGAGCUCAGCGCUGCCGCUCCUCGACGCAAGUCCACGGUGGCCCAAGCCCUCAGUGAGACGGAGCAAGCCGUGGCCGCCAUCUGGGCCCAGCGCAUUCCUAAUGUGACCGCUCGCAUGAUUGGCCCUGAUGACUCUUUCUUCGACUUGGGAGGUCACAGUAUCUUGGCUCAGCAGAUGUUCUUCGACGUUCGCCGCAAGUGGCGUGAGAUUGAUGUCAGCAUGAACUCGAUCUUCCGCAGUCCUACGCUUAGAGGGUUUGCUGCCGAGAUUGACCGUCUGCUGAACCAUGAGUCGUUCGCUAGCAACGAUGACCGUAAGACCGCUGCUGCAGAGCCUGCAGCCCCUGCUGAACUCGAUGAUGAAUACUCGAAGGAUGCCCGCAAGUUGGCAGAGACGUUGCCCGCUUCCUUCCCCACCCGCACGGAGCCUAUCCUUGCCUCCGAGCCCACCGUCUUCCUCACUGGUGCCACCGGUUUCUUGGGUGCUCACAUCCUGCGGGAUCUGCUCACCCGUAAGUCACCCCAAGCGAAGGUUGUGACCUUGGUGCGCGGCAAGACCGACGAGCAGGCACUGGGUCGCAUUCGCUCUACCUGCCAGGCCUACGGUUUCUGGGACGAGGCUUGGACCAGCCGGCUCCAGUGCGUGUGCGGUAACCUGGGCGAGCCUCGCUUCGGUUUCUCUGACGCUCUCUGGGAGGACUUGACCCAGCGUGUCGACGCGGUCAUCCACAACGGUGCUCUGGUCCACUGGGUGUACCCUUACUCGACUCUCAAGCCCGCUAACGUGCUGGGCACUAUUGACGCCCUGAAGCUCUGCGCCAGCGGCAAGCCUAAGCAGUUCUCCUUCGUUAGUUCAACCAGUACUCUCGACAGCGAUCACUAUGUCUUGGAGUCUGAACGGAUUGUCGCUGAGGGUGGAGCUGGUAUCAGCGAGGCGGACGACCUGGAGGGCAGCAGCGUCGGCCUUGGCACCGGUUAUGGCCAAAGCAAGUGGGCGGGUGAAUAUCUCGUGCGGGAAGCUGGCCGCCGCGGUCUCAAGGGUACCGUUGUGCGUCCGGGAUACGUCCUUGGUGAUUCCCAGACCGGAACCACCAACACCGACGACUUCCUCGUCCGUAUGCUCAAGGGCUGUAUCCAGCUUGCUGCCCGCCCGAACAUUAACAACACGGUCAACAUGGUGCCCGUCGACCACGUUGCGCGCGUUGUCAUUGCUGCCGCCUUCCAGCCUCCUUGCACUCCCAUCGGCGUGGCCCAAGUCACCGGCCAUCCCCGUCUUCGAUUCAACCAGUUCCUGGGUGCCCUGCAGAUCUACGGCUACGAAGUGCCCCAGAUCGAUUACGUUCCCUGGUCCAAGGCUUUGGAGCAGUACGUCAAUGACGGCCAGCACGAUGAUCCCGAGUCUCAGCACGCACUGAUGCCCCUCUACCACUUCGUCACUUCCGACCUUCCUUCCAACACCAAGGCUCCCGAACUUGACGACGUCAACGCGGCCGCCUCCCUGCGCGCGGACGCCGCCUGGUCCGGCAUCGAUGCCUCAGCUGGUGCUGGUGUCACCGAGGAAUUGGUUGGACUGUAUGCGGCGUACCUGGUCGCCACGGGAUUCCUGCCGCCUCCCACGGCGACUGGAGCCCGCCCUCUGCCAACGGCUCAGUUGACGGAGGACCAGAAGAAGGCUCUGGCUAAUGUGGGCGGUCGUGGUGGUACUUCUUAAAAAAAAAAAAAGUCACCUUUGCUUUUUUUGUUUCUCUGUGUGUUAGCGUUUGGAUACUGGUUGUGACGGGGAGUUACAAAAGUUUCAUGAAUAUACGGUACAGCAU